AUGGCCGCCAAACUACCGAUCCAUGUAGCCAUCGUCGGCGUCGGCCUGGUUGGCGAGCAGGUUGUCCAUCAGUUGAUGUCCGCCCGUCUCCGCUCGUGUUUCCGGCUCUGCUCGCUCCACACUUCGCGCCGCCACCUGCAGAUCACAGACGGCCUGGCCGACAAAACGGCGUCGGAGCUGAUCGAGCAGCUCAAGAACGACCAGUCAGCAUCGCAGGCGUACUCGGGAGGGGUUGAGGAAGUGGUGAGCUAUCUGACGGAGCCCUCCACGCUCCCUCGGCCGUUGCUCGUCGUCGACUGCACCUCGAGCCAGCCUUUCGCCGACGCUUAUCCGCGCAUCCUCGCCAGCGACCGCACCCAUCUCGUCACGCCUAACAAGAAGGCCUUUUCGGGCCACGAGCAGCUCUACUCGGAGAUCGAGAAGACCGUCCAGGGGAACGGCAACUUGGUCUUCAAGGAGGCCACCGUCGGCGCCGGAUUGCCGGUCAUCAGCACCUUGCGCGAGCUCGUCGUCACCGGAGACCAGUUGACUAAGGUCGAGGGCAUCUUCAGCGGCACGAUGAGCUAUAUUUUCAACCAGUUCAGCCAGACUACUCAGACCUCGACCAGCUUUUCCGAGGUCGUCGCGGUUGCCAAGCAGUUGGGGUACACCGAGCCCAACCCCGCGGACGACCUGAACGGCUCAGACGUCGCCCGGAAGCUGGCUAUCUUGGCCCGCAAUCUCUCCGCCCCUCUCAGUCUACCCCUCGGCUUCGAAUCCGUGCCCACGCGCACUCUGAUCCCCGAGCCGCUCGUCGAUGUUACGGAUCCUGCUGAGUUCAUGGCCACCCUCCCGCAAUUCGACGCCCAGUACGGCAAGUUCAGAGACGAGGCAUUCGAGAAGGGCGAGGUGAUGAGAUACGUUGGAAUCAUCGACUUGACCGACCCCAGCAAACCGCUGGUCAAGGCCGGGUUGGAAAGAUACCCUUUCAGUCACCCGUUUGCGACGAUGAAAGGCUCAGACAACAUCAUCUCAUUCCAUUCCAAACGAUACGCCAACAGCCCAUUGAUCGUCCAAGGCUCUGGAGCAGGCGCCGAAGUCACUGCGAUGGGCGUGGUGGGCGACAUGAUCAAAGUGGCCGAACGGCUCAGCGGUCGCAACAUCAACUGA